AUGGGUUGUUGUUCAUCAAGAACAACUGAUGAAGAUUCUUUUGAACAUGAUGAAAAUCCUGAAAUAUAUAUCCCAAGGGGAGGUAACAAACCAUUUUCUAAGAAAGGUGUCACGUGGACUUCUGAGACUUCUAUAACUAUAGAUCAAUUAAAAAAAGAAAACAUCGUUGGAGAAAAAGAAAU